GUCAAUUUUUUUUAAUUAUUUACCAAUCCAUUAUUCUGACAUUAGCAAAAUUUUAUUAAAAGAUUUACAACAAAAUGACAGGGAUCCCAAAAUCUUUUAAAAGUUUCAUUAAAACGAACCUAAUAGUUGUGCAAUCGCUACAAGCUGGAAGUUUGAUGGCCUUAGGGGAUGUAAUCGCCCAAUUUGCAAUAGAAAGAAAAAAACAAUACGAUGUUAUGAGAACCUUAAGAUUCGGGGCGUUAGGAGUUGGUUUGGUGGGUCCUAGCGUGGCAAUGUGGUACAAAUUUCUAUCGAAAAUGAUCAGGCCGGACGAUAAGACGGCGGCGUUUAAAAAAGUCGCAUUGGACCAAUUCAUGUUCGCUCCCUGUUUUCUACCCGUCUUCUUAAUAGCCCUCAAUACGCUGAAGGGUAACGACUGGCAAACAACUAAAGCAGAAAUUAAGGACAAAUACUUCGAUAUAAUGAUAACGAAUUACCAAGUAUGGCCGCUGGUGCAGUUUAUUAAUUUCAAAUUCAUGCCGUUGCAAUAUCAAGUUCUCAUGAACCAAUCCGUUGGUUUGUUUUGGAAUUCGUAUCUUUCGUGGAAAACCCAAUUAUCAAAAAAAAUUAUUAAAUAGUUAAAUAACAAUAGUAACUAGAAUAAUAUCUACCUAUAAAGUUAAUACAUU